AGAACAACAAUGUUGACAUCUGAUUGCAUAAUUCAUUAUGAUUUGCCAAAUUUAGUGCACGCUAGGCCUUCGGCUGGCGAGUAAGCAGUUUUCAUACGGACAGCUUAUGACAGGUUAUGUUUUGCAAGGAGAUUCGAGAGCUCUCCGAUGUAAAGCGGAUAAUAAUCUCUCACUUUGUUUCUAAUUUUAGUGUCUUCGUCUCUCAGUUCAACCCAUUGUUAGUGUCGUUACAAAUGCAAUUGAUUUUUUUUCUUAUCAUUGCGUUUAGACGAUUGCGUGGGUGUUUUUUUUUUUUUUAAUAAAAUGUUCAAAUGCACAAAUGCCGUGGGGUCUACGCUAUAAGCAUGUCGGUCUAAACACACGCAACGAGUGAAUCAAAUAGAAUAGUUUAUGACACAAAUAGAACAGUUUAUGGGCUCAGUGUUGUUGUUAGUUUGUCUAUGAUCAGAAAAAAAUGUUUGGUAUUUAUGGAAAUAUGGUAUCCUAAAGACAGUGGCCUACGUAGGCUACGUAACGCCAUGGGCGGAGGUAUUCGCCAGGGAGGGCUGGAAGAGUGCGUACCCCAGCUGCUCAGUGAUUGGUUUGGAUUUGCAAGAGGCUCGCACUUCCUUCAUAUGUUUUGGUUUAAAUGUCUGGCGGCGGAAGAGAUAGAUUAGACCCGUAGACCCUACUGAAAUUGAGGAAGAUGCGCAAAACGUAGCUAGGCUACUUGAAAAGCUUGUUGGUAAAUAUUUAGUAGGCUAAGCAUGCCAACGAUGUAAGAAACUGUUGCAAAGUAUGUGUUCGCAGAUCCUAAACGCUUACAGUGUGUUGUAAUGUCUUUCAGCUGAAACCAAUCAAGGGAGGUUGUGAGAAACCGCUGUAACAACAUGGUGACGAAAAGGGUCAGGUCGGAAUACAUGAAGAAAUUUAAAGAUCCUAAAUGGGAGACUUAUUCCAGGUGUUAUGAAGAAUUAUUGAAAUAUAGACGGACCCGCAGGCUUUUGGAACAAAGUCACAAUCCAUGGUUUUGGGGAGACAGUGCAAGUGAUACGAGUGAAUCUGGAAAAUCAACUCCACUACGAAACAAUAAGGUCGAGCCUUUGGCGCUGGAGGAUGGAACGCCACCCAGAUGGUCGAAAGUACCCGAACAGGCGGUGACUGCACCCGAACCCAGGACAGUAGAAAGUCAGGAUGGUCCAGAAUCAUCUGACAGAGAUGGUGAGAAUUCUGUGAUAGAACCAGAAGUGAAGAAGGGGGAGGAGGAGAAGAGUAGAUGUGGAUCUUCACCUGUUCCUGCUGAAGUAGAGCCAGAGGUCCCAGCCAAACCAAAAUCUCGGCAACAUACUUCCAGCAAGUCCACACGACCCAAGAGCCAACCACGCAAAUGCCAGGAGGCUAAGGACACCAAAGACAACAAGGAGAAUAGACAUCCUUUUGCUCUGUAUGGAUGGGGUGAGAGGCAGGCCGACAUGGCAGCAAAAAAGACUCACAAUGUCGGCCCUGCUGCAUCCACCAAAGAGAUCCAUGAGUCUGCCUUACGUGCCAAAACCCGCCGGGAGGUGGAGAAGCAUAUGAGGAAAACGGACAAGCGUAGAGCGCGGUCAGUGGACCUCGAGAAGGUGACCAAAAGCAAAAUUGUCCCAGACUUCGAUCCCUGGAUGACGGAGUACAUGCGCUGCUUUUCUGCCAGGUCUCGGUGAGGGUGGUGGUGGACCCACAUCAAUCUCAGCCUGAAACGACGGAUCGAAUGAUGCAGAUAUUGUCCUCAGUGUGCUAUCAAUAGAUCAGCUUAUAUGUGUUGUCUUUUAUCAGUGAUGUUUUAUAGAACUUGGGCUUCUAUUGAGUUUUUGAGGGCUUUUAUAUGUGGGUAUUUUAAACCAUUCCUUACUUCUUACUUUUAUUGCUUUAUGUACACUCCUUUGCAUUCCUGCACAUUCUCCAUUAACAUUCAUUAAUUAGGAGAGUUCAGGUAAACUAAUGGUACAUAUUGAAAAUGUAUAUUUAUCACCGGAUACUUUUGUACAAUUGCAUUGUUUUGACUUCACAGAUUCUGAAAGAUUAGAAAGUAAACAUACUACUGAAACCAGUGAAGUAGAUGAGCCAUAGCGUAGGCCUAUGUGACCUAAUGCCUCCGUUUUUGAGUUUAUUCAGCUCACUGAAUGUGGUGUCUUUCAUAAAUCUCCCAAACCAGCUGCCCACAUGGCAUAGUAUUGUUACGUUCAUGCUCACUGCAGGUUUCUUUUCAAUUUUCUUGUCUCUUGCCACCUUUGUUCUUCAGUAGCCUCUUUACCUGCUAUAUUUCAUGAAGGGUAGUACUAUGACUCAUGUUUGCAAUAAUUCCUGAAGUUAUUAGCCACAAAAAGAACAAAAGAAAUAUAAAUGUGUUCAUAUCAUUACAAUUAUGUCAGUCAUUGUAUUAUCAAAGCACUCUGUCUCAGUUAGCAAUUAUGGGUGUUAACUUAUGUAUUAAAUCGUUUUAACACUGUACUGAAAUGUUUUAUAAAGUGUUUCUACCUUUAACAAACGUACAGUAACAUACUAUUCUUGAAUAUAGAUGUAAUUGGUCACUGUCUGGCUAGCAUUUCCAAACUGUUGAGCAAAACCUUCUUCUCUAAAAAGUACGGUGCUAACAUUACAUUGACCAUUUAGGAAUGCUGCAAAUUUGAGACACAGAGCCUUCUGAACAAAAGCAUAUGAUCAGGAGGAUAAAAAAAAACUCAAAAACUCCCCGCUUUAUGAGGGUAAAGAGUAUUUCUCAAUGUCAGAAACCAACAUACUGAAUAGGUUUUUUUUUUAAAAAUACUUUUAUCUGUAUGGAAAUGUAUAUUUUGUCAUGUGAAGAAUGACUUGGUGGUAUAUUCAGUUCUACCAAUUGAUAUCCUAGGGCUUGAAUGAGGGUAUUGUUUAUCUAUUGUUUAGUGCAAUAUGAAGGGAUGUUCAGAGGUCUUUUGAAAAAUUCUGUCCAUAAUCCCUUUUUCAUGUUUAUAACGUCUUUUGGACUUUUGAAAAUUUGACACCCUGUUUGUGUGGGUGUGUGUGUGUGUGCGAGUGCUUUUAUCAUAGAGUAUUGUUAAUAAUGUGAACAGCUACAGGAAUUGGCUGUGGCCCAAUCAAUGAGCUGUCUGCUCUGUCUAAUGGCUUAGGGAAGCCAUUAUGAAGGUUGUUUAUAUGACAUCUAAGCGCUUGGAACAUGGCCUAGGAGGUACACGGCUAUGGCAAAGUAGUGCAAACCAAGCUCAGCUGACCUCAUGAAGAAAAUAAACUUGUGAAUAAAACAUGUU